GAUAUUUCCGCUUCCGUUAGGGGCCGGAAGUUAGCGUCUCCUGGGUGAAGCGGCCUUGGCUGAGAGGCAGGGCUGGUACAAGUAAGUGUAGGGUCUCGCGGGCGGGCGUUGGGCUGGGCGGACCGGCGCUCUUCUCUAGAUCACCCGCAGGGCGUAGAGCUGAGGCCGGGGCAUGGCUUUGAGGACGGCCUCGUGGGGAGCCUGACCCCUGGAUCCCUGCAGCUGGGCGAGCGGGCGGCGCCACCGAAGCCUGGGUUUUAUUCCCUCUGCAGUUAUGGGACGAAGGAAGUCCAAACGGAAGCCGCCCCCCAAGAAGAAGAUGACAGGCACCCUGGAGACCCAGUUCACCUGCCCUUUCUGCAACCACGAGAAGUCUUGUGAUGUGAAAAUGGACCGUGCUCGAAACACUGGAGUCAUCUCCUGUACUGUGUGCCUAGAGGAAUUCCAGACACCCAUCACAUACCUGUCAGAACCAGUGGAUGUGUACAGCGACUGGAUAGAUGCCUGCGAGGCAGCCAAUCAGUAGCGAAGUCAGGGACCUGCUCCUCCACAGCCCCCAUCUGGCUACCAAUCCAGAGACGUUCCAGGGCUGGGACAGCCCGCCCUCUACAGAUGGGAUGGAUGUGAGUGAGUAGAUGUUGUGGCUGCAGAUGUGACUGUAGGGAUGGAGGCGAGAGACACCGGGUCUCACCAAGCAGCCCAGGGUGGCUUCACGGAACCCUGAGCCUCAGGUGACUCUGCAAGCCUUUGAGUUGCUCCCAUCUUCAGCCCCCACCCUGCCCCCACACUUCAGGCUCCUGUCUUCUCUGGUGACGGUUCCUGACAUCCAGGCAAGGAAUAGCUGUGGGACCUCCAGUCUCCUCAGCCACCUCACCAGCACCUUGCCCUCGGGACCUAGACUUUCUGUCCUUCCCAGUCUCCUAGUGCUUGUGGUCUGGGGGUUGAGGCUACUGGCCACCCAGGUCCCCUGGCUGGGCUUGGCUGGGGAACACCAUUUUCUUGGUUUGCCUUUGUAGAAAAGGUAGGGGCUAGUUGGGGUACAGCUGUCAUUCAUUCAUGAGCCCAUCAAUAAAACAGUGUGUAUCCCCCC